AAAACCACUUACUCUUGAAAUUGCUAAGCAAAUUGCGUAUACUAGAAAUGGAAAAUGUAUUUCUGAAAAAUAUGUUAAUAAUAGUUCGCCUCUUUUAUGGAAGUGUGAAAAUGGACAUCAAUUUAACCUUCCUCUUUCAAAUGUCAAAAAUCAGAGAAAUUGGUGUCGUGAAUGUAUGAAACUUGGCCUUGAAUUCGCUCAGAAUUUAGCAAAUAAAAAAAGUAAAUCUGAGAAACUUGGCAUCGAAUAUGCAAAAGAAUUAGCAUGUAGCAGGAAUGGAGAUUUCACCAUUAAAGAAUUUGUUGAUCCAUAUUUUCGCACUACUCCUUUCGAACAGUGGAAACUUAGCUCUUUCAUUGAAAUGCGUUCUGGACCAGGUUUCGUAAAAAGUGACUGCCUUUAUUUCUACAAAGAAGAACUACAAAAUAUUUCUAAGUCCUUGGAGUUUGAUGACGAGCAGAAGACUAUGGCAUUGAAGCUAAUUGAAAAUAUCAAGUGGACAAAAAGAACUGAUGUAUCUGUUAGCGGACAUAAAGUACAAAAAAAACAGAUAACAACGGGCUAUGAUUUCUUAACAACUGAUCCAAACCCUAAAUCAUCACAAAGAAUUAAAUGUAACCUUAAUAAUGAAGUGGAUGAAGAGGAGUAUGACAUGGAACGAACAAUUGUUGGUACUA